AAAAUAUCAUGAUGGCAGUGAAAUAUAGCCAAGAGCAGUAAUCUCAAGUCGAAAAUGGAAGAAGUUCUUCUGAUAUAUAAAUACUAGAAAUGUGCUCGUAAAACAGUAUCAAAUCAUCUUUCAUACUCAGUUACUACUACAUUCAUUCAAUCAAUCUUUCACUUCAAUCUUUCACCAUGUCUAAAUUUAUUCUCGCCGCAACUCUCUUGUCAGCCGUUGUGGCUUGUCCCGAUCAUGAUCUUUCUAGCCGAUCGAUCACGAAGAGAGCCGAGGGACCUGCCGAUUGGGCAUAUGACGCUACUUACAACUGGGGGAUGAUUAACGAGAACUACACCACUUGCCAAACCGGCACUCAACAAUCCCCUAUCCAUCUCACCACCAGCACCGGUUUCUCCAAAACCCACACCCCAACCUUCAACUACUCCACCUCCACCUCCGGCUCCCUCUACAACUGGGGUUACGGCCCCGCCUUCUCCCUCGCCUCCAACGUCACCGAUCUCAGCGGCAACCCAUCCAUGACCUUCGACAACGAAACCGUCUUCCUCAAAGGCUGGCACAUUCACGCACCCGCCGACCACACCAUCGAUUUCGCCCGCUCCAAAGCCGAACUGCAUUUCGUGCACGCGACCGCUUCCGGCGCCGAACGCGCCGUCGUCGCAUUCCUGAUUGAUCCCAUCCCUUUCGGCACCGUCGCCAACUCCACAUUCUUCGACUCCUUCCCCCUCUCAUCUAUCCCCUCCUUCUCCGACGCAAAGACCCGCAUCCCGUUCGAUCUCAAUCUCAAACAAGCACUUACGGAAAUCAACAACGCGAAGGAUUUCUGGACCUAUGAGGGAAGUCUUACUUCUCCUCCUUGUACGGAGGGCUUGAGAUGGUUUGUUGCAGGACAGAAGAUGUUGGUGGGUACGGAACAGAUCCAGGAGAUUUUGGCGGUUAGCACUUAUAGUGCACGUAGGGAACAGGGUAUCUGGGGUCAUAAUGUCAAUGUUUAAAUGUGGAGAGAUGGGAUGAGAUGUUCUGAAGGUGGGGAGCUGAUUGGUGUUUGAGGUGCGGAGUAGAGAUUAGGAAGUGAGGAGUAAGGAGUAAGGAGUAGGACAUAGUGCGAUCGUGAAGUCUACAUACGAUACAGCACCAUCUUUUGAUUUUUAGAGUUGAGUUGGAAAAAAGAGGCUGUAGGAUACCUGGCGGUUGUUUGUCUUAUUCCAUAUCAGGCGUUUUGUAUAUUUUCAGUCCAUAUCUUUUCAGUACAUAGGAUAUUUAUUUCUUCAAAUCAGAAAUUCGUAAACUUAUAU